UAUAAAUAUAGAUGUCUAUUUAAAUAUACUUUUCUCUUCCAUUUUCUCCAUCUCUAUCCAAAUCAGAUAAACUCUAUAGCUCUCCACGAACCCUACGCCGCUUCGAUACUAAAUUUUCAUCGUGACAAUUAUAUUACAUGGUUGAUGAAAUAUAAAAAAUGAGAAAACCAUCUCGUGUGAGAAGACUGACAAGUAACAAAGCUGGAGCCUGGUCCGAGGAGAAAUUACAGAGUAAGAUGGUUGUGGCAGAAGAGGCAGGCCAAAACGGAAAAGGCUGGAGCCACUCAUCAUCUCAUCAGCCCCCUGGCGAACCUGGCAGCAAAAAAAGCUGCAGACUAAGGUCGAUGAGAAAUGAUACAAGGCCAGAGCUGGAGAGGGAAAACUUUGGCGAAGAUGAAGAAGACCUCAUCAUCAAGCUUCACGCGCUCCUGGGAAAUAGGUGGUCGUUGAUUGCUGGAAGGUUGCCCGGUCGAACUGAUAAGGAAGUGGAAAACUACUGGAAUUCGCACCUGAAGGGAGAGCUUGUAAGCUCGGGAAUAGAUCCAGAUAACCAUCGUAUACAUCACACUCUUCCGCGCAGUAAAAAUAAAAAUCAAAUUCCGGUGAUUAGUAGUUCUGAUGAUAGCAGCACCUGUGCAACUUCUGCAGUUUCUAAACCUCUCAAAUAUCAAGAUCAAAGUUAUAAGAUGCAUCAUCUCUCAAAUGGCACUGAUAAUUUAGAGUUAUCUUUUACUUGUGAUACGAAAGCGCCAGAUCUAUGCGCUGAGCUCCCGAUAAUCAAUCUUAAACCCCAUGCAGGUCCCCAGGAAAAGAAAUGAAUUUGAAUUAACUGCAUCAUCUAUAUUAAUGGAUCCAAUCUAGUAGUAUAUAAUAUGAUUAUAUAUAUAUAUAAUCCAUUAGCUGGUAAAUCACUGCACAGGUUCGAACAAUUUGUUCGGACUCUGUUAGUAUAAUUUGCAAAAAACUCUACUUGUAUUUGCUUCGGUUUCACAGAUUUGAUUUUACUAGCUUUUUUCUGACAUUAUGCUGA